UCCAGGCUGUGGCCUGGGGGUUGAGUAGAAUGGGGGUGGAGAAGAGAGGGGGUGCGUAGGAGCCUGGGUCUUGGGCAGGUGGGGCCCAGACGGGCAUCUGGCGGGGCUUCCUGGAGGAGGCGGCAGGAGUGCAGGGGCAAACAGUGAAUGGAGCAGAAGGGCAGGCCCUCCUUGCGACCCUCUCUUCCUGGGGACUCUCUGGCCCCUUUCCAGUCGCGCUGCGGGCCAGCAUAGCGGAGGGACGAGACCCCGGCCGAGAGGUGGGCUGGACGGAUGCCGGCCGCUGGGAGCGCCGGCUGGGCCGUCUGGGCACCCAGGCCGCCCGGCCCCGCCGCUCGCCUAGGGCGGCACUUUGCCCUCGGUCCCUGGGACGGUGCUGGCCACGCCCCUGGGGUGGAGCCGGGCCUGGGGGCGGGGCGGCAGGCUGGCUCCGCGGCGGCGGCGGCGGCUGUGGCAGCAGUGGCGACGGCGACAUGGAGAGCGGGGCCUACGGCGCGGCCAAGGCGGGCGGCUCCUUCGACCUGCGGCGCUUCCUGACGCAGCCGCAGGUGGUGGUGCGCGCCGUGUGCAUGGUCUUCGCCUUGAUCGUGUUCUCGUGCAUCUUCGGUGAGGGCUACAGCAACACCUACGAAUCCAAACAGCAGUACUGCCUCUUCAACCACAACGAGGAUGCCUGCCGCUACGGCAGCGCCAUCGGGGUGCUGGCCUUCCUGGCCUCGGCCUUCUUCUUCGUGGUGGACAUCUAUUUCCCCCAGAUCAGCAAUGCCACUGACCGCAAGUACCUGGUCAUUGGCGACCUGCUUUUCUCAGGGUGCACUGGCCUCCCUGGCCUACCAGCGUUACAAGGCCGGAGUGGACGACUUCAUCCAGAACUACGUGGACCCGACUCCGGACCCCAGCACGGCCUAUGCCUCCUACCCAGGCGAGCCUGUGGACAACUACCAACAGCCGCCCUUCACCCAGAACGCCGAGACCACUGAGGGCUACCAGCCGCCCCCCGUGUACUGAGCUGCAGCUGGGGAUGGUGAGGGGAGCAGGGAGGGCCCCUGGGGGGCCUCCCCUCCUCCUGGACUCCUCCCCCGAGGCUUGUCUCCCAGAGCUGCUGGCCCCUCUUGAUCCACCUGGCGCCUGUCGGAGCUGACGCAGGGCCUGGAGAGAGAGCCCCUGCCUGCCCACCCUGGCUGCUGGCCUGGGAGUCUCAGCAAAAGUGCCUGUGCCCCAAGGGCUUCACCCACCACUCCUUGCGGGCCUUUUCUCGGAAAGGGUUUUCAGCUAGACAGGUUUUGUCAUUGCUUUUAACGAUCCCCAACCCCGCCUGGAGUAGCUCCAAGGGCCUGACGUGUUGUUUUGACAAGUGCCUUAGCUUCUCCCCAGCCUGAAGGAGCCGGGCCACAUCCAGGCCUCGGUGGCCACAGCCUUCUGGGGUUCUCUGCCAAAGACAAGGCUGUGGAGCCUUCCCCCUGCUCCACGGCCGGCGCUGGGCUGGGGCUCCUCUCCUCCUCACUCAGGUCCGUCCUGCCCCCAGCCCCCUGCCUGCGCUGCGAGGGGCAGCCCUUGCUCACUGCUGAAGCGUCUGCUCGCUUGGACCUGGGGUCACAACGGUGCCAGUGCCUCUGGGUCACCUUCCCGACAGCCUAGGGGCAGGGCUGGUGCCCACCCCAGGGGGCUCAGGCAGCACGGCCUCUGCUGCCACCCGUUGGCCACAGGGAGGGGCUUUGCCUGACCGACUCCACCCAGCUUUAUGUAAAUAUCCCACCACCCUUAGCUAGGAGGUGUGGGGCGCACCUACAGCCCCCAGGCUGCUCUGAAUGUAUUACUAAGCCUUGGGGGGGAAGACGCACAGCACCUCUGACUUCUGUUAGACUAAUUUUGGAGAUGGAAUAAAUGUUUUUCUCAU